UGCUGAUAUCAGUCAACAUGCUGCACAUCCUGAUAAUCACCAGCCUGCUGUUUAAAGCCUCGACAUCACACAUCAUCAGUCGUGGAAACAGAACAGCUGACUUUGGAAAGGAUGCGUACUUCAGCUGUGUAGUCAGCAACCCCACAGGUGUGCUUCAGGUAACAUGGCAGAGACUUUUUAAAGACGAGUCCAUCGAGAAUUUGGCCACUUUUAGCAAACGCUUUGGGGAGCAAGUCAACGAGCCUUACCGCAGAAAAAUAAUCUUCACAGAGGCAUCUCUAAACUCGACAUCCAUCACUGUCAAGAACGUGACGUGGGAAGAUGAGAGCUGUUAUAUUUGCUCCUUUAACAUUUAUCCUGAGGGCUCUCAGAGGAAGCAGAUUUGUCUCACAGUACAAGGAAUAUCGAAGGUGAAAACAGAAGUACAAGCUCCCAGUGUUGAACAACAGGAGGAUGAAGAGAACGUGGAGGUUGCAGUAAGCUGCUCAGCGACAGGUAAACCAGCUCCAACAAUUGAGUGGGACUUCUCUGCUGAUGCCACACAUCUGGACAACCACACGACCACUAAGAUCAUGAACAGUGACCGGACGUUUACAAGCAGCAGCAACAUCACUCUGCAGGUCCAUUCAGACUGGAACGGGUAUGUGGACUGUGUGAUCAAUAAAGGCGCACCAGGACAACGGCGGGAGACGAGGAAGUUUACUUUUGGUGGUGAAGAGGACAGGAAGACAGGAGAGACUGUAAAACGGCUGUCUUCGUCAGGAAUCGCCCUUGUGAUCAGUUCUAUAAUCUUUCUCACUUUCAUAGUUGUUGCUUUUGUACUGAAUCGAAAAAGGUUAAUAGAAAAAAGGAGCAGGAAUACGCAAGUUGUUUAAGACACCUUUCAUGCACCAGUCUCAUCACUGUUGUAUUAAGAGUUUGAAUGCACUUUAAAUGUCUGUAUUUCUUUGGGAAACCAUCAAGAAGGCAGAGCUUCUGAGCUAUUCUGCAGUCAGUCAGUAGGAGGAGGAGCGCUAAAUGUGUUGCCCAAAGGCAUUGUCAUGCUUUUUAUACUGUAGACUAUGCUUUAUCUAAGAUUAUACAUUAUUAACCUUGCAGUGGAAAUGGACUGGCCAGAUUCCACAUCUGUCAUCAGGCGAAUCCAUCUUGCAAAUGUGAAAUGGUUGAAAACAGACCUGACCAAUCAGCGUCAUUUUAAAGGACCAGGCUUCAGCAUGAGUUUAUUCUACCAACAAGCUCCACUGUUCAUAAACUAAGACUUUCAAGCUCAGGUUUCUUCCAGAGCUGCAAAUCUACUACCUCAUUCUGUCAUGUUGCUCAUUUGGUCCGAAAUGAAUGUGACUGACGGAACAUUCAUCCAAUCAACACCCGAAAAUUUUUUAAGCUUCACUGGUAUAAAAUAAACCAGAUUUAACUAAACAGUUAAAAACUGUUGGUAUCAAAAGCAACACAAGACCUCAAGCUAUUCCAAUCCAUACAAAGAACGUUGUUGAUGUAGUAUUUAUGAUUUUACAGAGCUCUUAUUCAGAGCUCAAACUGCAACACAAUGCAAUAGAGAGAGUGUAGCAGUGGAUUAAAGUGGCGCUAUACUGCCACCUUGUGUUAAUUGCUAGGAAUUAAGCUGAUGCUGGAAUGAGGACCAGGAAAAGUGGAGUUCUUCGACAAAGAAUGUAAUGAAUUUGAAUGUUUGUUUUUGUUUUCUACAAAAAAACGAAACCACUCAAUUGAUUCAGAAAUGUCUUAAUGUGACCGAUAAUUCAAUCCUGUAGAUUUUUGUGUUGGUAUCUGUAUUAAUUAGAUAUUUAUUUCACAUUUAUCAAUCAUUAUUAACUUUACUUGCACUUUUGCACCCCUUGUUCAGUGUUAUGUUUUAUUGCAGUAUUGUUCAAAGUAUUUUGAUUGUCUGUUGUGAACUUUGAGUUGUGUUUUGCAUGAAUGUAUUAUCUUUAUUAAUAUAGGAACGUUUCUGAUUUUUCAAAAAAGUAAUUUAUUCUCUUUUGUUUCCAUACAUAGGUCAUCAAAUGACCUUUCACGUGAAUAUUGUGACUUCUACACUUGUGUAAUUUCUAUGCUCUUGGACAUUAUCUAUAUAUUCACACUCGGUGUGUAUUAAGAAAUUAAAUUGUCCCUCAAGUGU